GAAGUGAUUGGGCUCACUGUGGAUCAUGGCGUUUUACUGUACAUAAAAAAUAAGUUUAAUGUAUGUAAAGCGUUAAUUUCUUUCCUGCCGGCACGUAGCACCACAAAUCUCUCUAGUUUUGACACGCGUUAACAUCGUUUUUAUUUACUCCUAACACUUAUGUAUUCCGAUAAGUUAGUCAGUUAUGUCUAAAUCAUCGAGAAUGGACCCAGAAAGAAACGAGUCCAAACAGCUGCCGAUCUAUCAGCACAAAACCAAACUGAGACAAGCCGUCAGAGACAAUGAUUUCCUGAUUAUUACUGGCGAGACUGGCAGUGGGAAAACCACUCAACUUCCACAGUAUCUGCACAGAGCAGGCUUUUGUAAAAAGGGAAAAAUUGGUAUCACUCAGCCUCGCCGGGUGGCUGCUAUCACUGUGGCUCAGAGAGUAGCCCAGGAGGUGAAAUGCACUCUGGGAAGAGAGGUUGGCUACCAAGUACGCUUUGAUGACUGCACAUCACAGGACACAGUGGUGAAGUACAUGACAGAUGGCUGUCUUCUCAGAGAGAUCUUGGCCGACCCUGGACUUUCUCAGUACAGUGUUAUAAUCUUGGAUGAAGUUCAUGAACGCAGCCUCAAUACUGAUAUUCUCCUGGGCUUACUGAAGAAAAUUUUCUCCAACCCUGAUGAGGCCAAAAAGGGACGCUCUUUCCCUCUCAAAGUAGUGGUGAUGUCUGCUACGCUGGAAACAGAAAAACUGUCAAGCUUUUUUGGCAACUGUCCUGUUUUCACUAUACCUGGGAGAACAUUUCCUGUGUCGUGCACAUUUGGCUCAGCUAUUGGACAUAAAGACACAGAAAGCUCUGGUUAUGUGAAAGAGGUUGUUAAAGUGGCCUUUGACAUCCACACCAGUGAAAUGGCAGGGGAUAUUCUUGUAUUUUUGACAGGUCAGUCAGAAAUUGAGCGAGCCUGUGAUUUGCUCUUUGAAAAGGCGGAAUCUAUCGACUACCGUUACGAUGUACAUGACCAAACUGUGGAAGGCCUCCUUAUUUUGCCUCUUUAUGGAUCCAUGCCCACCGAUCAGCAGAGGCAGAUUUUUCAGCCUCCACCUCCAGGAAUAAGGAAAUGUGUUGUGGCCACUAACAUCGCAGCCACGUCUCUCACCAUCAAUGGCAUAAAAUACAUCGUAGACAGUGGCUUUGUGAAACAACUCAAUCACAACUCCAGAGUGGGGCUGGACAUCUUGGAGGUGGUGCCUAUUUCAAAGAGUGAGGCCCAGCAGAGAGCAGGCCGAGCUGGAAGAACCUCAGCUGGGAAAUGCUUUCGAAUUUAUAACAAGGAAUUCUGGGAGAAGUGCAUGCCUGAAUAUACAAUUCCAGAGAUCCAGAGGACAAGUCUGACUGCCGUGAUACUUACACUUAAAUGCCUCGGUGUUCAUGAUGUCAUCAGGUUUCCUUAUCUGGACUGUCCAGAAGAGAGGUUUAUCCUAGAAGCACUUAAACAGCUCUACCAGUUUGAUGCCAUAGACAGGAGAGGUCGAGUGACCCAGCUCGGGGAGCUGAUGGUGGAGUUCCCCUUGCACCCGGGUCUCACCAGGGCACUGCUCAAAGCUGCAUCUCUCGGCUGCCAGGAUCUGUUGUUACCUGUAGCUGCCAUGUUGUCUGUAGAGAACAUCUUCAUCCGACCAGGCCACCCUGACAAGCAGAAAGAGGCAGAAAAGAAGCACAGCGCACUGGCUGCCAAGAGCGGUGGUAUGAAUGACUUUGCCACACUUCUUAGUGUGUUUCAGCUAUGUAAAUCCAGUGAUAAACCCUCAGCGUGGUGUAAGGACCACUGGAUCCACUGGAGGGCGCUGAAGUCAGCCUUUAGUGUGGAGACUCAGCUGAGAGAUAUCCUCCUCAGGCUCCAGCAGAAGAGAGAUUUCCCUGUUGAAGUCUUUGAUGGUAAUAAGAGUGAGCUCUUCAGACGAUGCCUGUGCACAGGAUACUUCACAAACGUUGCCAGGAGGUCUGUUGGAAAGGUAUUUUGCACAAUGGACGGCCAUGGGUCCAUGGUUCAUGUUCAUCCAUCAUCAUCGCUGUUUGACCAGGAGGCAGAACUCGACUGGAUCAUCUUUCAUGAUGUGCUGGUGACCUCAAGAGUGUAUAUCAGGACCGUAUGUCCAGUUCGGUAUGAGUGGGUGAAGGACUUAUUGCCUAAACUCCAUGAGGUGGAUGUCUAUGAACUGAGCAAUGUGGCGAGAGAAGAAGUAACCGAUGAGGAGAUAAUGAAAUGGGAGAACAAAGAGGCGGCCAAAAGACAACAAGAGGUUUCUGUAGAUGAUGCCAUGAAGAAGCUGGAGAAGAGAAAUGAUGACGCCAGUGUCAGUGAUGCUCGUGCUCGAUACCUGCAGCGAAAGCAACAAAGACAACAAAGUAAAGCAAACUGACAUAAGACCAUUACCUUCAGAUCCACAAUUCAUACAGUAUGUCACAAAAGAGCAUAUUUUAUAUGUUAAUAAAUUUUUUUCUACAUUUCUAACAUGA